AAACAGGAUGGUGAUUGCUCUCUCCACUUGAACCAACAAAUGAUAGACUCAAUAUCCUGAUAGAAUAUGGUUUCUGUAUCAAUUUUCUUCGAAUUUGUAUCUCGUUUACUUCUCUUCCAUAUUUCUGAAAUUCAAUUAUCCAUCAAAAUAUAUAUUUACUAUUUUAUCACGCAAUUUGACUUUAUCAAGUUGGCAGUUGUUUCCGUAUCCCGUUGACAAAAUCAUUCAUCCAGCACCCGCAGGCUGCAGCUUUCUUUGAUGCGAAACUUUGGUUAGAUUAGAGCUUGGGUGGAAUUAUACAUUCGUCAAUAUGUCGCUGGUAAUCCCAGAAAAGUUUCAACACAUUCUCCGUAUUCUCGGAACAAACAUCGAUGGUAAGCGCAAGGUUAUGUUUGCCAUGACAGCCAUCAAGGGUGUUGGUCGCCGGUACGCCAACAUCGUCCUCAAGAAGGCCGAUGUCGACUUGGACAAACGAGCGGGAGAAUGCUCAGAAGAAGAGGUAGAGAAGAUCAUCACCAUCAUGGCUCACCCAAGACAAUACAAGAUUCCCGAUUGGUUCUUGAACAGACAAAAGGAUAUCCAAGAUGGAAAGUACUCCCAGCUCACAUCAUCCAACCUUGACAGUAAACUCCGUGAUGACUUGGAAAGGCUGAAGAAGAUCAGAGCCCACCGUGGUAUGCGUCACUACUGGGGUUUGAGAGUUCGCGGUCAGCACACCAAGACCACCGGCCGUAGAGGAAGAACUGUUGGUGUAUCGAAGAAGAAGUAAUCUUUUUAUGUUUGGAUAAUAAAAAAAAUGAAAAUUUA